UUUAAUGAAAAAACCAAAAACUCAAACACUUUUCGGUUUAAAAGUUUUGCCGAACGUGUGAAUGAAAUCGACUUGAGGCGUCUAGCGUUGUACCACAUUGGUCACGAAAAUGAGGAGUUGAACGAAGAAAACGAAACCUAUUUCCAUCAAACUCUGCGCAAAUGGAUGGUCCUGAAUUUAACAACAGAGUUCUCACAGUUUUCACGGAAGGUCCUGAAAGUUGUAACACUGCCACAGUUACUGCACCAGAAGGACUUUGUCAUUGACACUCUAUUGGAAAAAUUGUCAUGUGCCACAAAUUUGUCCCUGCAACCACUCUUGGAACUUCUCUACGUAUUGGCACGCGAUUUACGAGAGGAGUUCUACCCAUAUUUCCAGAGAGUGUUGGACAGACUGAUUUGUUUGCUCAAUACACAAGACGCAGAGCAACUAGAAUGGACCUUAGUAUGCCUGGCCUACCUUUUCAAAACUCUGAAGCCACAUUUAAAGCGAAAUAUUGGCAUUGUCUUCCACAGUAUAUUACCGUUAUUAGACGAAAGGCGUUACGAAGAACAUGUUACGAAUUUUGCCGUGGAAUGUUUCUCCUUUAUUGCCCGUGAUGUAAAGGAUUAUGGCAAAUUUUUAGAAUUUGUUCUGUCCACAGUGUCCCGUGAGCAAAUCGAAAGCAUUCAGGGCUGUGGCCGUUUACUUUUCGAAAUAAUGCGAGGUGUAAAGGGACAGUUCCAUUCCAUAGCCGGUGAUUUUCUGCAGUUUAUAUUUGAAGCCUUGGUCGAGAAAAAAGAUGUCAAACAACAACAGUUGAACUUACUGCACGAUAUUGUCGAACACGCUGUGAUGCAAUUAAUGAAAUUUAUUGCACCGUCUCAAAUGUCAUUGUUCUGGACCAAACUGUGUGCGGUCGCAGACACACAAUUGGUGGUCACGAAAUUGCAAUUUCUGAUGAAAAUCGCUCUGCAGGUAAUCGAAUACAAAGAAGGACGCUUCAUAUCCGAAAUGGAUGUCAUUGUGGGAACAGUCUUGAAAAUCGUCGACAGAGGAAUGCAGGAAAAUCAAUCCGAAGACAUUUUGCAGUUAACUACAAAAGUCAUAAGUUCAAUACUAUUAUCAGGUUCUUCCUUGGUCACCCAAUUGGAUACGAGUCGCUUAUUGAAAAAGGCUUUAACCAUAAAACACCGGCAAAUUUAUGAUGACUUUGUCCUGUCAAUGGCCUUGCAUGUCCAAUUUGAUAUACUCAUUCUGCCUUCUCUGGUACAGUAUUUCGAAAGCAAUUUUGACCAACAAGCCAUAGAACUAAUGGCAAGGGUCAUAACCAUUAAACAACCACUGAAUUUUAACAGCUGCGCAUUGCAACAAUGGAAGCCUAUGGAUAUAAAAGUAAAUUCAUUGCAAAGCAUUAGUCGCAUUGAAGGUAGUUUGCAACGACUUGUCGGAGCUAACAGUAAAGAUUUUGAACAAAAUAUAUUAUUGCUGAUUGUGGCACCUCACAUAAAAGGCUUGAGAACUGAAAAUAUACAAAAGUCAUUAGAAGCAUUGAUGAAAUCUACAGUCAAGGAGUUACAAACUACAGUCACAACUGAAGACAGUCGGAGAACGCUCAACACACUGGCCCUUCUAAUUGAGAUCUUAUGCCAAUUGAACUUAUCCCCACCGAAAGAAAUUUUGAAGCCAUUGACAGAGAUUUUGUUGACAAAUUUACAGUACAAAAACGUAUUGGGUUGCCUGAACCAAUUAAUAUAUAGGAACCCGAAAAUGUUUAACAACGAAAGCAGUCUAGUACCACAGUUGUCAAAUAUUUUGCAACAUCAUGAUCACGAGUUUCGACUAUUGGCUGCACAUUCCUUGAGUGUUCUGUUCAAGGGUCAGGAAGCAAAAUCUCCGUAUCACAUAUUUUACCAGACCGAAUUAAUAGAACCCAAUAUUCAUAACUACAGGGAACAGCUCUUGCUUAUACAGAAAUUGGAGACACAAUCGGAACUCUUUAAGUCAUUCACAGAUUCCAUAUACAAAGAAGAUUGUAUACGGUUUCUCUUGGGUAUGCUGUAUCACAAUUUCAAAUUUGUCUGGGAACCAACACUGAAACUCUUAGAAGAUUAUGCCAAAGAAGUUGAGCCGGCUGUUUUCUGGACUAUUUACCAGGAUAAAAUGCAGAAGACAUUGGACAGUAUCGACUAUACCAAGGAACAUUUUAACCAAGAAAAUGAGGUCGUUGAGGAAAUUUGGAAUUCCAACACGAUGAAUACAAUAUUACCCCUGACCAGGGAUCGACAACUGACUCAACAACAGAUAUUGAAUUAUCGCAUUCUGUUGUGGCAACAUCUGCCACAGUACGGCAAAUUGUUUGAAAUCAAAAACCGAGAACUUGUGGCAAUCUUUUUGAAAUUCAUCGAAGAGGAAUACAAGCAGCAUUUGGAGAAGAAAGAGAAUUGCUGGGACCUGAAUGCUACGUCCAACAAAAAGUGUGAUCUCGACUUGGACGAGGAUGAUGUUGAGGAGGAAAAGAAGGUCAAAUAUAAGAGGGUGGCCAAAAUGGGUAGUCAAGACAAUGUGCGAGUCAAGUUUAUAUUACAGACCUUGCAGUGCAAGUUAUCGGUUUUGGCUGUUCAACAGAAUCCCCGCGCACUAUACAAAGAAACAGAACUGUGGCAAUUAUACAUGCAGCUAUUGAAAGGCUCCAACAACCAAUUACAAAAGUGUGCCCUGGACUGUGUCAUGACAUACAAGCCCAAGUCACUCAUGCCGUACAAAGACCUGCUCUACAAUAUACUCGAUGAAAAAAAGUUCAAAGAUGAGUUGCUCAAUUUCAAAGUGGACACUGUGUCAGAGGAGCAUCGUGAGCAAUUCAUGCAUAUACUUUUGAGAUUGCUGUACGGCAAAAUGAUUACGAAAGGUUCGCAAAAGGGCCUAAGUCCCCAGCAAAGAAAAUCGAUCAUUCUCCGCUUUUUGGGUCAGUGCAGUCUUGCCGAAAUUGAAUGGUUCUUGCAAAUGGCAUUCGGUUUAUAUACACAGUACACUGACGAAGCCACGUCUAUCGAGCGCAUACCCGACAUUGUUAAGGAAAACUUUAACAUUUCCGCAGUGUGGUCCCCCAAAAAACUUCAGAGCGUGGUUAAUCUGCUUGAACUUAUUCGCAAAGAGUUCGGUGGCAUUAUGCAGGAAAAGUUCCAUUUGUACAUGCUUAAACUUCUUGUUUUCAUCGGUGCGGUUUGCAACCAAGUACUAGAAUUAAAUGCGUCGUUAAUGCACCCGAAAAUGCCCGUAGUUUUUAGGAAUUUGAAGCAAAAUGCUUUGGAAAGCCUUGUUAACUUCUUUGAACACAUUGAAGAAUUUGAGUGGAACAAUGCUUUAGUCGCGUGCAUAACAAAAGUUUUCGUCUAUCCUUCUUUGGAGAAGUUGCCAUCGGAAUGCAUACAUGCACCCACACCCUUGUUGAAGUUAUUGCUUUUGUGGGGUGAGAAACCAAAACACUUCGCUUUCCUCAGCCAGAAGAUGGAUGGGUCGGAGGAAAACAUCUUUCAUUUCAUUAUCCUAUUGCUUUUGAAUGAAAAAUCGAAAGCAUUGGUGCGAAAAUCUAUAAUGAGUCUAAUUGAGAGAUUGUUGGUGGCAUCGGAAAGUGAAUUAGAGUUUUCAGACGAUGGGUUGGCCCUUAUAAAGCCAUACAUUCCCGAGCUAUUGCAAAGAUUGAAGAUGAACUUCUCCACCAAGGGAUCGAAACAGUCUUUGGAUAAACGCGACUUAAAUAUAUUGUCAAUGUUAACUAAACAUGUCGAGGAACCUGAGAUUUGCGACAAUUUACUGGAACUGUUGUUGCCUAUACUCAUAUCCAAAACCCAAACCCAGUCGAAUGCCGAAGUGGUAACGCAAGUCAUAACCACCUUGUCAAAUCUUAUCAAACGGCUCCAGCAUCCGGAAAUGUACGUGCGGAAGAUAGCUCCUCUUUUCGAACAAGUCUCGGAAGUGUCUGCUCGCAAGCAGUUGUGUGAUUUAAUAGCCGAUAUUGCAAAAAUAAAACAUAAACUGAAUCCGAAUUCUCAGACCACCAAAAAUUUGAAGUUUACUGCUCGUAUUAUGAUACUCCUCAACGCCUGGGAUAAACGGUGGGUAGAACAACCGGACUACGAGAAACGUCUGGAUGCCCUCAAGGAACUUAAAGAAAAGAUUGAGUCACCCGAAGGCUUAGAUAUAGACAUGGGCGUUUUGGUAAUUUUCAAUUGCAUAUACUUUCUCCGACACGACAAAGAUAUGGGUUUGCGUGACAAUGCCAGUGAACAUUUGAGGCUUUUGGUGCCCCAUCUAACGAAGAAAUAUGCCGACGACAAGCCACAAACAAGAUAUUUAGUUGGAGAUAUAUUUAUAAACCUAAUUAGACGCAUUAUCAAAGAUUCGAAUGAAAAUGUCCGAAACGAAGGCAUCCGUUUAUUGGGUGAGAUGGUAAGAGAAUGUCCCGACUCACACGAAAUACUUAAGGAUUUAAAUGCACUGGGAGAUAAACUAGACCUUGAGGUGGAUUUCUUCGAGAACAUGAUACACUUGCAGUCGCAUCGUCAUGGCAGAGCUUUGCUCAAAUUCAAUGCUAUGGCAGCCACCCUGUCUAGGCCACCUUGUGUUAGGACUCUCACGCUAAUUAUACUACCGCUAGCCUCUCGAUAUCUUUUGCAAGAACAGCAUGCAAGCAAACAUACACUCAUUGAUGCAGCGAUAGAAACUGUAGGAGUUGUAUGUCAGUUGUUGCCCUGGCAGCACUAUUACACAAUUCUACGCUAUUAUUUGAUGAAAAUGCGUUCGUCCCACGACUACCAGAAGCAGUGCGUGCGCAUUGUUGUGAGGAUAUUGGAUGCGUUCCAUUUUGAUCUGACAUUGUCUCAGAGUGAUGCUGAAACCAUGGAAAAGCUUAAAGCAGAUAUAAAGAAUUCUACUGACGUCUAUUUAGAACCCGAAUCGAAAAAAGCAGCACCUCAAGCCAAACAACUCAGUGAAGACAAGGAUGGAAAAGCAGACGAUGAUGACGACGAAGGCGUUGUGAUGUCCAAAUCGAAUGAGGAGGAUAAUUUAGAGGAGGAACUGGAAAACGACACUAACCUCACAGAAGAAGAACCCACCACGUUGAAUGACGUUACUACGAAGAGUGAAUCGUGCAUGAAGCAUCCAUUGGUAUUGUCGUGCGCCGCUUCCAAAAAAGUACUGACUACCAUUACCACCAUAUUGAUACCAACACUUAAUCGGUCCAUUACCGAACAAUCUUCGUACGACAACAAGCAUAAAGUGAAUCGCAAAAGGUUAAGUAUUGAGCGAGAAGAAGAAGAAAUUCUUAGGGUCCCAAUAGCGUUGGCGUUAGUUAAGCUUAUGCAGAAGCUGCCAAAAGAAUUGAUGGACUCUAGCUUACCAGGUGUAUUUAUGAAGGUUUGUACCUUCUUAAGGUCUCCCCUGAAAUCCGUGAGGAUGCUCACUCGUGACAUAUUAAAGAAGAUAAUGCUGUGUCUUGGAUCGUCGUACCUUUCCAUGCUGGUAAACCACUUGCAGAAUCUCCUAACUAGAGGCUUCCAAGUACAUGUUCUGUCAGUUACAAUACACGGUGUUCUCGAUGCUCUGCGAGAUGUCGUCCAAUCGGGCGAUAUCGAAGCGUGCCUCCACAAUUUAUUGGAAGUGGCCCUUAACGAUAUUUUCGGCGAUAUCAGUGCAGAGAAAGAAGUUGACAAAUUAACUUCCCACACUCCUGAGGCAAAGCCAAGCGCAAAAAGUUACCUCGUACUACACAUAAUCGCACGGAAUAUCCAGGAGAAUUGUCUGCUGGACUUAUUAAUGCCCUUUAAAGAUCACCUAGCCCGAUCGAAAUCUCGCAAGUUGACCUUGAAGAUUCAGGAAUGUUUUGCGAAGAUCGUUAAUGGUUUAGUGGAAAAUGUGCAUAUAUCACGCGAAAGCUUAUUGAUCUUUAUAUAUGGCACAAUAUCCGAAAGUAUUACUGACCUUUUGCCCGGUACACAAAGAAGAGUUUUAUCGGAACAGGAGAAGGAAAAAAUGCGUCGAGCUCGUCCAGAUUGCUUCAUAAUACAGCCCCCUCCACAGAGAUCGGGAGCACUUAACAAAAAAAUCAAGACAAAUGCCCAGGCAAAUGCGCAUAUCCUCAUUGAGUUUGGUUUGGAAAUGUUGCAUAUUGUCUUAAAACGUAAAAAGUUGCAGAAUGUUGACUAUCAGCCUUUCCUCAAUCCCAUUCUGCCAUUGCUCCGAGAUUCCCUAAAGAGCACCCAUAUUAGAGUGACAACGUUUGCUCUGAAGUGUUUUGCCACGCUGUGGGUGGAAGAAUAUGAACUAAAAGCCAUGGAAGAGCCCGAGUACAUACGAUCUGUGGUGGAGAGAAUGUUCGAAAUACUAAAGAAUUUCUCUACUUUCGGUGCUACUAAGCAAGAGGAUAACUUCCAGUUGAUAAAAUCUGCGUUUAAAGCCAUAGUGGCAUUGGUGAGGAAGUGCACCUAUUAUGACCUAACCGAAGAGCAGGUUGAUGAAUUGAUUCUGUACAUAGAGCAAGACCUGCACGACGGCGAAAAUCAGGCUAUGACUUUUAAUCUGCUUAAGGCUCUGUUGAACCGUAAAGUAGAGUGUAAAGCUAUUCAUGAUAUCAUGAAGAAAAUCGGCGAGAUGUGUGUUGUAUCGCCAUCUGAUUAUGUGCGUGAUGAGGCUAGAAACCUGCUGACCACUUACGUCAUGGAAUAUCCUCUUAACAAAAAGGUUGACCACAUCGUGAAAUUCUUCUCGGUGCAGUUGUGUUAUUCUUUGUCCGCUGGUCGGUUAUCUGCCAUAGAAUUCAUCUGUACCAUAAUUAAAAAAUUCCCGCUGGUCAUAUUAACAAAGAAAGCGGAAUUUUUGUAUAUUUCCCUCGGCACCAGGCUUGUUAACGACGAGGAUCCUGAAUGUCGCAAGGCAGUGGCCAAUUGCAUUGAAAUUUUGAUAGGAAGAUUAGAGAAAGCGAGUCGGCAACAUUUGUUCGACUUGACAUUGCUGUUCUUCAAUGUCGAUAAUAAGCCUUCUGUUCGUGAAAUGGGCGCGGCAUUGUGCUCCAGAUUUUUGAAUUCAGAGAAGCAAUCAUUUGCUCCUCGCCUCAAAGUGUUGCUGCCAACAUUGGUUGCAAGAUUAAAUCAGGACAGCUCGUCUAAUGUUGGACGCUUUGUAAGGGCGCCGCACGCGGACUCACUACCUGAAGGAGCUGACGCCAGUGGCAUUCCCAAAAAGAAGAAAUGUAAAUUCGUAGAAAACAAAGCUCUGGAAAAAGAAGUUAACGAAGUGUUGCACGAUGAAGGCUUCCAGGAGGAAGAGGAGGAGAUGGAACGAAAACAACGCUCACUAGAUCACGAACUCAUUCAAGUGCAGUAUUGCUUGUUGAAAAUAUUCGAAUAUUGUUCAUCAGAACUGUUGAAGACAAAUGAACUGACCAAUACAGUAGAUGAACUUGCCUACGAGUCGCAGCGCCUUUUGGCACAUGAUCAUAAUUGGGUACGAUGCAAUGCCGCCAAAAUCAUUGGUCACAUUCUUAGUCAAUAUGAUUUUGAUUAUAUUGGUCGGAAAUUGUCACAAACCGACGUGGAGGAGGAUAGUGCAAAAAAAUCAAUUAGCUUGGAUUUCAUCUACCUAAAUCCUCAAUAUGAUAUAAAGUCGCUGAUUUUGGAUUUGUGCGCUCAAAUGAUGCCUGGCGAAACAUCUCAGUUAAUGAUUGAUGAAAUCGUUAAAAUAUUCCUUUAUGUUGCAACAAUGCUUAAAGAUGUUCCAUUCAGUGUUAAGAGGCAAAACGAAAGUGACGAUGCCAACGAAGAGGAUAGCAAGGAGUCAGUCGCCAAAAUCAACCUCUACUGGCUUUUAAGGCAAAUUCGAUUUUUGAUCAAUAAGGAAGUUGUAAAAGCAUCCCACAGCACCAAUAUGCGUACAUCGUUAUUCACACUACUAGAAGGCCUUAUAACCCUUCUGAGUGUCGAUCAAUUGGAACAACUUGGACCCAGUAUUCUCGCAGCAUUAGUACGAGAAAUGUCCGAGGAAGAUCAAAAUGUGGAUCCCGAUUUAAGGCAAGUGGCUUUGCGUGUUGGUAGUCGUCUAAGGAAGCGCAUAGGUUCGGACGUUUAUGAUAAGUUGCGUGCAAAUGCUCAGAUGAAACUAAUGAUUCGACGAGCCGACCGCAAGAAACUAUUAUCACAAGAAAAAAUUCACGAUCCUGUUCGAGCAGCUAAGCGGAAAUUGGCUAUGCAAGAACGUAAGAAGUCUGCCAAGAAGUUAAAAGCUAGUGUUAUGAGAGGAAAGGCGGCAGAUGUUAAGCAGAAACUUAAAAAGCGAAAACGGAAAGCUGAUGACAGUUUGUUUUAACACACAAUAGAAU